GCCUCUCCCCCUGCCUGGACGGACUAACUGCGCCGCUCGCCCGCCCGCCUGCCUCAGCCGCCACCAUGUCGGCCAAGGUGCGCCUGAAGAAGCUGGAGCAGCUGCUGGUGGACGGGCCCCGGCGCAACGAGAGCGUCCUGAGCGUGGAGGCGCUGCUGGACCUCCUGGUCGGCCUCUACACCGAGUUCAGCCGCGACUCGCCCCUCCGGAGGGACAGGCUCGUCUCCGACUUCCUCGAGUGGGCAAAACCAUUUACACAGUUGGUGAAGGAAAUGCAGCUUCAUCGAGAUGACUUUGAAAUUAUAAAAGUCAUUGGCAGAGGUGCAUUUGGUGAGGUUGCAGUUGUUAAAAUGAAGUGCACAGAGCGUAUUUAUGCAAUGAAAAUCCUAAAUAAAUGGGAAAUGCUUAAAAGGGCAGAGACAGCUUGUUUCCGAGAAGAGAGAAAUGUUUUGGUGAAUGGAGAUUGCCAGUGGAUUACUACAUUGCACUACGCCUUUCAGGAUGAAAACUAUUUGUAUUUGGUAAUGGACUACUAUGUGGGUGGUGAUUUGUUGACAUUACUUAGCAAGUUCGAAGACAAGCUUCCAGAAGAUAUGGCCAGGUUUUACAUUGGUGAAAUGGUUCUUGCUAUACAUUCCAUUCAUCAGCUACAUUAUGUGCACAGAGAUAUAAAACCGGAUAAUGUUUUGCUGGAUGUGAACGGCCAUAUACGCCUGGCAGACUUUGGAUCAUGUUUGAAAAUGAGCGAGGAUGGCACAGUGCAAUCUUCAGUUGCAGUGGGCACACCUGAUUAUAUUUCUCCUGAGAUACUACAAGCAAUGGAGGAUGGCAUGGGAAAAUAUGGACCUGAAUGCGACUGGUGGUCCCUGGGUGUCUGCAUGUAUGAAAUGUUGUAUGGUGAAACACCAUUUUACGCAGAGUCUCUGGUGGAAACCUAUGGGAAAAUUAUGAACCAUGAAGAGAGAUUCCAGUUUCCAUCCCAUGUUACUGAUGUGUCGGAAGAAGCAAAAGACCUAAUCCAGCGGCUUAUCUGCAGCAGGGAACGUCGUCUGGGGCAGAAUGGAAUAGAUGAUUUCAAGUCACAUGCGUUUUUUGAAGGACUCAAUUGGGAUAAUAUUCGAAAUUUAGAAGCCCCUUAUAUUCCAGAAGUUAGCAGUCCUUCAGACACAUCAAACUUUGAUGUUGAUGAUGAUGUAUUAAGAAACCCGGAAAUGAUACCACCUGGUUCUCACACUGGCUUUUCUGGAUUGCAUUUACCUUUUGUCGGCUUUACCUACACAACUGAAAGCUGUUUUUCUGAUAGAGGCACACUAAAGAGUACACUGCAAUCCAGCAGUAUAACUAAAGAUGAGGAUGUUCAGCGUGAUUUGGAAAACAGCUUGCAAAUAGAGGCAUACGAAAGGAGAAUACGAAGACUGGAGCAAGAAAAGCUGGAACUGAGCAGGAAGUUGCAAGAAUCCACCCAGGCUGUUCAGUCUCUUCAUGGUUCUUCUCGCAUAACAGCGAACACAAACCGGGAUAAAGAAAUAAAAAAGUUAAAUGAAGAAAUCGAGCGCUUGAAAAAUAAAAUAGCAGAUUCGAAUAGGCUAGAACGGCAACUUGAAGAUGCAGUAACAUUGCGACAGGAGCAUGAAGAUUCCACUCACAAGUUAAAAGGCCUUGAAAAGCAAUGCAGGAUACUAAGGCAAGAGAAGGAGGACCUUCAUAAGCAACUCAUUGAAGCAUCUGAAAGAUUAAAGGCCCAGUCCAAGGAACUCAAGGAUGCCCAUCAACAAAGAAAGCUAGCAAUGCAGGAGUUCUCGGAGCUGAACGAGAGGAUGGCAGACUUGCGCUCCCACAAGCAGAAACUCUCUCGACAGCUCCGUGACAAAGAGGAAGAAGUGGAAGUGAUCAUGCAGAAAAUUGACUCCAUGAGACAGGAAAUUCGUAAAUCCGAGAAAGCGAGAAAAGAGCUAGAAGCUCAACUUGAAGAUGCAGUAGCAGAAGCAUCGAAAGAGCGCAAGCUUCGAGAUCACAGUGAGAUUUUCUCUAAGCAGCUGGAAAAUGAACUGGAAACAUUAAAGGUGAAGCAGGGGGGGCGUGCUGCAGGAAUGGCCAUGCAGGAGCAUCAGCAGGAGUUGGCCAAGAUGAAGUCAGAGCUUGAGAAGAAAAUCUUGUUUUAUGAGGAGGAGCUGGUCAGGCGAGAAGCAUCCCAUGUCUUAGAAGUAAAAAAUGUAAAAAAGGAAGUGCACGAUUUAGAAAGCCAUCAGCUAGCACUGCAGAAAGAGAUCAUGAUGUUAAAAGAUAAAUUGGAUAAGGCAAAACGAGAGAAACACAGUGAGAUGGAGGAAGCAGUGGGAACUCUGAAAGAGAAAUAUGAGCGUGAGAGAACCAUGCUCUUUGAAGAUAACAAGAAAAUUACAAGUGAAAAUGAAAAGCUUUGUUCCUUUGUGGAUAAACUGACGUCACAAAACAGGCAGCUAGAGGAUGAGCUUCAGGACUUGGCAGCAAAGAAGGAAUCUGUUGCCCACUGGGAAGCUCAGAUUGCAGAAAUUAUUCAGUGGGUGAGUGAUGAAAAAGAUGCACGUGGCUAUCUUCAGGCUUUGGCUUCUAAGAUGACAGAAGAACUUGAAUCUUUGAGAAGCUCCAGUCUGGGAUCAAGAACACUGGAUCCACUCUGGAAAGUAAGGCGUAGCCAGAAGUUGGAUAUGUCAGCAAGGCUGGAAUUGCAGUCUGCUCUCGAUGCUGAAAUACGUGCCAAGCAGCUAGUGCAGGAAGAAUUAAGGAGAGUUAAAGAUGCCAACCUGUCCUUCGAAAGCAAACUAAAGGAAUCUGAAGUGAAAAAUCGAGAACUCUUGGAAGAAGUUGAAGCUUUAAAGAAGAAGCUAGAGGAAAAAUACAGGACGGAUGCAGGUCUCAAACUUUCAGACUUCCAAGAUUCCAUUUUUGAGUACUUCAAUACUUCACCUCUUGCGCAUGAUCUGACCUUCAGAACAAAUUCUGUCAGUGAGCAGGAGGCACCAGGUCCCAAGGCAGAGGUCUCGCCAUCGACGUCUGUUGUGAGCACAGAGCAGCAGCAACAACAAGAAGAACCAAUUCGGCUUCAGAGGACGCUUGCUGCUCCCUCCCCCACCAUUCAAUCCAUUCAGUCCAUAGCUGUACCAAAGCCUAAAGCUCAUCAACUCAGUAUCAAAUCCUUUUCAAGUCCUACUCAGUGCAGCCAUUGCACUUCCCUCAUGGUUGGAUUGAUUAGACAGGGCUAUGCUUGCGAUGUGUGUUCAUUUGCAUGCCAUGUUUCCUGCAAGGACAGCAGCCCACAAGUCUGCCCUAUACCUCCAGAGCAAGCCAAGAGGCCCCUGGGAGUAGAUGUUCAAAGAGGCAUAGGAACAGCCUACAAAGGCUAUGUUAAGGUUCCAAAGCCAACAGGAGUUAAGAAAGGGUGGCAGCGGGCCUAUGCAGUUGUCUGUGACUGUAAACUCUUCCUCUAUGAUGUGCCUGAAGGAAAAUCCACUCAGCCAGGAGUUGUUGCAAGUCAAGUCCUAGAUCUCAGAGAUGAAGAUUUUUGUGUGAGCUCAGUCCUAGCAUCGGAUGUUAUACAUGCAACUCGCAAAGAUGUCCCUUGCAUAUUCAGGGUGACGGCUUCUCUCUUAGGCUCACCUUCAAAGACCUGCUCUCUGCUGAUCCUAACAGAAAACGAGAACGAAAAACGAAAGUGGGUUGGAAUCCUAGAAGGGCUGCAAUCUAUUCUGCACAAAAAUAAGCUCAAAAACCAAGUUGUACAUAUUCCACAGGAAGCCUAUGACAGUACACUGCCUCUCAUUAAAACCAGCUUAGCUGCUGCUAUUAUAGAUCGGGAUAGAAUAGCAAUUGGUUCCGAAGAAGGACUCUACAUCGUAGAGGUGACCCGUGAUGUGAUCGUCCGAGCUGCUGACUGCAAGAAGGUCUACCAGGUAGAGCUCGCUCCCAAAGAGAAGAUCAUCAUCCUUAUCUGCGGCCGUAAUCAUCAUGUUCACUUGUACCCCUGGUCCUCCCUGGAUGGAUCCGAAGGCAGCUUUGAUGUUAAGCUUCCUGAAACGAAAGGCUGCCAGUUCAUUACGACGGGGACACUGAAGAAGAGCUCUUCCACAAGUCUGUUCGUGGCAGUCAAACGGCAGGUUCUCUGCUAUGAGAUUCACAGGACUAAACCUUUCCAUAAAAAGUUCAAUGAAAUCCAGGCUCCUGGCAAUAUACAGUGGAUGGCGCUGUUCAAAGACAGGCUUUGUGUUGGCUACCCAUCUGGUUUCUCUCUCUUGAACAUUCAGGGGGAUGGACAGUCUAUAAACCUGGUAAAUUCCAAUGACCCUUCGCUUGCAUUCCUCUCACAACAGUCUUUUGAUGCCCUUUGUGCUGUGGAGCUCAGCAAUGAGGAGUACCUGCUUUGCUUCAGCCAUUUGGGAGUGUACGUCGACGCGCAAGGCCGAAGGUCGCGCAUGCAGGAACUAAUGUGGCCUGCAACUCCUGCUGCCUGUAGUUGCAAUCCAUUCUAUUUAACAGUCUACAGUGAAUACGGUGUUGAUGUUUUUAACGUGAACACGAUGGAAUGGGUUCAGACGAUAGGCUUAAGAAGGAUCAGACCUCUAAAUGUGACAGGCACACUGAAUCUCCUUAACUGUGAACCUCCUCGACUAAUUUAUUUCAAGAACAAGUUUUCAGCAGGAGCUGCCCUUGUUGUGCCGGAAACAUCUGACAACAGCAAAAAACAAAUGCUUCGCACCAGAAGCAAAAGAAGAUUUGUCUUUAAAGUCCCUGAGGAGGAAAGAAUACAGCAAAGACGAGAGAUGCUCCGAGACCCUGAGCUCAGAUCCAAAAUGAUUUCUAACCCAACCAAUUUCAACCAUGUGGCUCAUAUGGGACCAGGAGAUGGAAUGCAAGUGCUCAUGGAUCUCCCAUUGAGCGGCUUACCUUCUUCACAAGAUGAAAAGGCCUGUCCUCCCACGACCAACAUUUCACGCCAAGCACCUCCGAGAAACAAAAGCUACAUUUCAUGGCCGUCUUCAAGUGGCAGUGACCUCGGAGCAGCUAUGCCCUUGCGAAGUAUGUCUGAUCCAGACCAGGAGUUUGACAAAGAGCCUGAUUCGGAUUCUACCAAACACUCUACUCCUUCCAACAGCUCUAACCCAAGUGGCCCCCCAAGUCCCAACUCCCCACAUAGGAAUCAGCUUACACUAGAUGGAUUGGACCAGUCGACCUGUGACGCAUAACACUACCGCCCCCCCUCCCCGCUUUCCCAGUCGGGACCAUCUGCUACUCCAAGGAGUAUUCAAGAGCAGGACGUCUCUCUCCAACAACUGUGCCAAGACCGAUACUGAAUUUCUAGUGUUGCACAAAAGUAAAUUCUAUAUCUAGAUUGUAGAUUCGGGGGUUGGGGAUGAUUAAAAAAAAAAAAAGAGGAGGAAAGAGUUCUUCGUUACUAUGGCGACCACGUUGUUGGGGUGUUUUUAAAAGCAAAACUGUUCGCUCUUAUACCUAUGGUGGAUCUGUUUCUGCACAACAGCGAUACUCUCAUGGCAUUCACUAAAGGCUACUGGUAAACAGUCUUCACGCGUAAGCUGGAAAAAAAAUAGAGAAGAGAUGCUUGUAGUUUUUACUAUGCAGCGUCAGGAAUAUUAUUUUUCUAUAGGAUGGUGUAAUGUCUCAAUAGCAGGAAAUCCUUCUAGGGGGGGGAAAUCAGACUUUGGGGUGGGACGUAAAAGCAGACUAGUUAACAUCCUUGGCUUAAAUAUAUUCUAAAUAUAUUCUGUCCCCCCCCCCCCCAAAGUUUAGGAGAAUGAUAGGAAGCUGUAAGGCCGUUCCCAGCAACAGUAGAAUAUUUCAGGAAAUUGAAAACUGAGGUUCUAGUUUGUGGCCUUUUAACUUAUUUAGCCAUUACAUACAUUCUCAGCUUUGUAAAUUUCUUUCUCCUGACUUUUUAGUCAUGUACAUAAAACUAGUAUCAAUAACAUUUUAUCCAUUCCCUGCUUUUUUAGACCUCAUUAGCCAGGGCAGGGCUUUUUUUUUUUUAAUAAACCUAAGUAAAAUACUGCUGUGAAACCGGUUUUACUCUUGUUUUUCCUGCUAUCCAUCUUCUCUGAUGUUCUUGUAAUUUCUCUUGGGGGAGGGGGGGAUGUUCAGUGUAAAAUAUACACUACAUUAAAAAAAAUAGCUGCUUGUACGAAGCGAUCGUGUAGUUCUUAAACCAUCAGUCUAUUAUUAUUGGUAACCAAAGUGGAAACCUUGAAGGAUGUGUAAUAUGAGGGUGCCUCGUUGUCUUUUUCCUUCCUUCCCCAGUUCAUUGUAUCUUCACCUGCAUGGAGAACCCCAUGAUUGCUAACUGAAAGUAUUGAUCAUGUAGGGGGGAAAUGCACAGCACACUCCUGUAUAUUUUGCUAUGGCCCAUGUGCAGCGGUGACAUAUUGCGUGUAUAUUUAAUCUCAUGCUUCCAUGUAUUAUACAUUUAGUAAUUUUCCCUGCCCCCACAAAAAAAAAUGUGAUCAUGUUUCAUUUAAAAGCGUGUAAUUAAUUCUGUGGCUGGCAUAUCCAGUUUGUCAUUGUCACACUAGUGUGCCUUCUGUGCCAAUUUGAUGACAGUUGGAUGUCAAUUGUUUUAAAAUCUGGUUUCUAUGGGCUAAUGCUAUACCAAUGGCUAAUACUCUUUCCUGAAACACUGUAUAGGACGUGCACUUAUCUCUAGUUUAAACCAAGUGGUUCUAGUCAACAUUUAAUCCUGUUACAUUAAGUGUUUGACAAUACUUGCUCUUUCUCAGAUUCUUGAUCAAUGAAGCUCAAUUUGAGCUGGACACUACUGCUUUCGGGAUUUCUGGUUUUUACUCUUCUUUUUUUUAAUGUAAGUCUAAAGUCUUUGUAAUUAUUGAAUUGUGAGAACAUUUUUGAACAAUUUUCUUGUCAAUAAAGCAGAAGAGGGAGGUUUUAAAAAGUU